GGCGUCGCGGGCACCCGCAACGCCGGGAACUCAACAAGCUUUUGCUUUGUUUGAUUGUCUUGUUCGUUUGUGGGCGCGUUUAGACGAGACUGGGUCCAAAGCUACAAAGUGCAGCUGAGCAACGACUCCAUCAGCUGGAAGAGCAGCAUGAACGCAACACAAGAAGCUAUCUUCGAAGGCAACGGCGACGGCGAGACUCCGGUGCUGGCCGUGCUUCCCGUCCCCGCGGUCGCGCGUUACAUCCGCAUCAACCCACAAAGUUGGUACCCCGACGGAGGCAUCUGCCUCCGAGCAGAGAUACUCGGAUGUCGCCUCGACGAGACCCAGGAGAGCUAUUCCUCAGAACCAGAAGCGAGAUCGAAGGAUAAGCUGGAUUUCCGACACCACAACUACCAAGAGAUGCGAAAGCUGAUGAAGUCGGUGGCGGAGGAGUGUCCCGACAUCACGCGCAUCUACACCGUCGGGAAAAGCCACAUGGGCCUCAAGCUCUACGUCAUGGAGAUCUCCGACAAUCCCGGCAAGCACGAACUCGGCGAGCCAGAGUUCCGCUACGUGGCCAACAUGCACGGAAACGAAGUCCUGGGUCGCGAGCUGGUUCUCAACCUGAUGCAGUACCUGUGCCGCGAGUACAAGAGGGGCAACCGGCGCGUGGUCCGGCUCGUCGCCGAAACUCGGAUACACCUUCUUCCUUCCAUGAACCCGGACGGAUACGAAGUGGCUUACAGCAAGGGCUCCGAGCUGGCCGGCUGGGGCGAGGGUCGGUACACCUUCGAAGGAAUCGACCUGAAUCACAAUUUCCCGGACCUCAACACCAUUAUGUGGGACGCUCAGGAGAUGGCGGAGGACCCGUCCAAAGUGCCCAACCACUACAUUCCCAUUCCAGAAUACUACACCAAAGAGGACGCCCUGGUGGCCUCGGAGACACGCGCCGUGAUCAGCUGGAUGCAGGACAUCCCGUUCGCGCUGGGCGCCAACCUGCACGGGGGGGAGCUGGUGGUGACGUACCCGUUCGACGGCACCGAGGGCUGGGCCCCGCAGGCCCGCACGCCCACCGCCGACAACGCCUUCUUCCGCUGGCUCGCCACCGUGUACGCCUCCACCAACCUGGCCAUGGCCAAUGCCGAGCGCCGCCCGUGCCACUACGAGGACUUCCAGGCGCACAACAACAUCAUCAACGGCGGAGCCUGGCACAACGUGCCCGGAAGUAUGAAUGAUUUCAGCUACUUGCACACCAACUGCUUCGAGGUGACGGUGGAGCUUUCCUGCGACAAGUUCCCUCACGCCAGCGAGCUUCCUGCUCAGUGGGAGAACAACAAGGAGUCCCUCGUCCUCUUCAUAGAGCAGGUUCACCGAGGCCUUAAAGGGGUGGUGCGGGACAAAGAGAGCAAGAAAGGAAUCGAGGACGCCGUGAUCAGGGUGGAGGACCACGGGCACGACAUCCGAUCAGCCGCCGACGGAGACUACUGGCGCCUGCUGAACCCGGGCGACUACAAGGUGGCGGCGUGGGCCGAGGGCUACGUGCCGGCCGUGCGCCACUGCCGCGUGGGCACGGAGGCCCGCGCCACCGUCUGCGACUUCACCCUGACGCAGACGCCCGCGCGGAGGCUCAAGGGGAUCCGGGCCAAGGGCGGCAAGAUCCCGCAGGACCUGCAGCUGCGCCUGCGGGCGCUGCGUCUGCGCAAGCUGCGCGCCAGCACCAAGGCCAUCAACCAACGGCGAGAGGGCCAGCGGAUGCAGCGAGAGCAGCCCAGGAAGGCGCGAUCCUCCUCCUUGAGAUUACGAGGAUUCGGGAUUUAAACAACUUUUUUUUUUUUUUUUUUUUUAAUAUAAACACGCUGGACAUGGUCACGUGACCUCACUGUCAGACACAACAUGAGGUCUCAUUUGAUUAUGCUGUCCAAAUGUACAGUCACUUAAAAAAAAAGAGUUAAGGACUAUUAGGGCCAGGUUUUUCAAUUGUAUAUAGUAUAUCAUAAAUUAAGAUACUUUUCAUUGACAAACAAUUAUGAUAAGACUUAAUGUGUGUACCAUUCAAAAAAAUAAGGUUACUUUUCAUAAAUUAGGACAUUUCUGGAAAAAGUAUUUCGUAAGACGACGUUUUAAAUUCUUCAAUGUUUUUCCUGAUGUUUUCUUGUAAAUUCAAACUUUUUUUUUUUAAAUCACAAAAAUCAAGAUUUUAAUAAAAUUCAACUACGUACAUAGUUUUUUCAAGAAAUAAAACUUCUCAUAAAAUGAGUACAUGAAAAAUAUGAGAAAAGUGUAACGCUACGACAAUAAAGUUGUUUUUUUUCCCAAUUGAAAAAAAGACCACGGUUAACAUUCAAAACUAAAUCAGACUUCAUGCUUAAUAUAUUAAGACAGAAAGUAUGAAUAAUCUCACAUGAUUGUUCCUCCCCUCUUAACAGAUUUUUUUUUUUUUUUCCUGAUAUCACAACAACAACAAAGUUAUCCGCAUAAUAUUCCAACUUGAUUCUCAUUGCAUAAUUGUACUGUGUGGCCCUAAUAUUCCUUUUGAAGUGUGACAAAUGAGUGAAAGCAGAGAAAGUGACCGUCGUCCACGCGCGACUCCGUUCCACCACUGUUGAAUGACGACAAAUUGUAUGAAGAGGUUUGUUUUUUGUUUUGUUUAGUUUUUUUUAACCGCCCUAUUAACAAGUCUCAGCUGGUCUGAUAUAGAACUUUUUUUUUCUACUUUGACUCAUCUCCAACAGGACCACACUGGCUCCAAUAAUAUGAAUAAAAAUAAAUAUUGCUUUUACUG